AUGAAAAAGGGGCAAGCUGGAAGCCAAGCUACCAGCUUGCUGAGAUUAUGCGAGCUGUUGGCUUUGCUGGGGGCCCCUCAGCAAGCUGUUGGCUUUGCUGAAGGUCCUUUGCAAGCUGUCAGCUUUUCUAGAGGUCCUCAGCGAGCUGUUGACUUUGCUGGGGGUCCUCAGCGAGCUGUUAGCUUCGCUGGGGGUCUUCAGCGAGUUGUUAUCUUUUCUGGGGGUCCUCAGCAGGCUUCUGGCUUUGCUGGGGGUCCUCACAAGUUGUUGGCUUUGCUGGAGGUCCUCAGCGAGCUGUUGGCUUCUCUGGGGGUCCUCAGCGAGCUGUUGGCUUCUCUGGGGGUCCUCAGCGGGCUGAUGAAAGGGUCCUGGCAAACUGGUUUAUUAUCCAGUUGCCAAGGAGGCUCUGCCUAG